AUGUUCAAAAACAUUCUCUUUGUGACUCUCUUGCUCACAUCAACACUUGUUCUUUGCUAAAGACAAUAAUCCCAGGCUAACUAACUAGUUGAAAAUUUAUUAUAAUUGAAGUAAUAGCUCAGUUAGCUUUCAAGUGCUUAAGCUUUAUUGGUCCUUCGUUAAUUUGCAUAACAAAAUGAACUGAAUGUUUAACAAUUAUCAUAGCUCUUGAACAAAGACCAAUAAUUCUAACGUAUCCUUUAAGAAAAUAACUAAAACAACUAAGAUAACAAUCAAUAGUAAGAUGAUUAAUAGAAUAACAAUUAGAAUAAUAACUAAAAUAACCAAAACAAUCAACAAAAUAACUAGAAAAGUUAGAACAACAAUCAAAACAACAACUAAAACAACCAACAAAAUAGCUAGAAUGAUUAGAACAAUAACUAAAAUAACCAAAACAAUCAACAAAGUAACUAGAACGGUUAGAACGACAAUCAAAACAACAACUAAAAUAAUCAAAAUGGUCAACAAAAUAACUAGAACUAGAACAACUAGAAUAACAACCAACAAAAUAACUAGAACAGUUAGAACAACAAUCAAAACAACAACUAAAACAACCAACAAAAUAACUAGAAUGGUUAGAACAAUCAAUAAAAUAACUAGAAUGGUUAGAGCAAUAAUCAAAAUAACAACCAAAAUAAUCAAAAUGGUCAAUAAAAUAACUAGAACUAGAAUAACAAUCAAUAGAACAAUAAUUAAAAUAACCAAAACAAUCAACAAAAUAACUAGAACGGUUAGAACAACAAUCAAAACAACAACUAAAAUAACCAAAAUGAUCAAAAAAACAACUAGAAUAACAAUCAAAACAAUCAACAAAAUAACUAAAACGGUUAGAACGACAAUCAAAACAACAACUAAAAUAACCAAAAUGGUCAACAAAACAACUAGAACUAGAACAACUAGAAUAACAACCAACAAAAUAACUAGAACAGUUAGAACAAUAAUCAAAACAACAACUAAAAUAACCAAAAUGGUCAACAAAAUAACUAGAACUAGAACAACUAGAAUAACAACCAACAAAAUAACUAGAACAGUUAGAACAACAAUCAAAACAACAACUAAAACAACCAACAAAAUAACUAGAAUGGUUAGAACAAUAACUAAAAUAAUCAAAACAAUCAAUAAAAUAACUAGAAUGGUUAGAACAAUAAUAAAAAUAACAACUAAAAUAACCAAAACAAUCAAUAAAAUAACUAGAAUGGUUAGAACAACAAUCAAAACAAUAACUAAAAUGACCAAAACAAUCAAUAAAAUAACUAGAACAAUCAAAAUAACUAGAACGGUUAGAACAACAACUAAAAUAACCAAAAUGAUCAACAAAACAACUAGAACUAGAACAACAACCAAUAGAACUAAUAGAACAAUUAAAACAACAACUAAUAGAAUAACUAGAAAUAGAACAACAAUUAACAAAACAAUAACUAAUAGAACAACUAGAACAACAACUAAUAGAAUAACUAACAAAACAAUAACUAGUAAGAUAACUAAUAAAACAAUUAGAAUAACAACCAAUAAAACAAUUAGAAUAAUAACUAGAAUAAUAACUAAUAAAAUGGUUAGAAUGAGAAUAGCUAACAAAACAACUAAAACAAUGGCUAAUAAUAAGGCAAUUAGAAUAACAACUAAUAAAAUAACUAGAACAAUAAUAAAAAUUGA